AUGACCUGCACUCAGCAUUACGCUACAGAGGAAUUUCCCUCCGAAGCCGGCAAGGAAGUCACCACCGUCUAUGCCGACGAUCCAGCCACAACCGCUGAACUCUUAGAGUCUCUUAUAAAGAGAGACGGUGCCGUCAUCGUCAAGAAUCUUUUCCCCCAAUCUCUCUGUGCGCAGAUCAAGCAAGAUCUGAAGCCUAUAUUUGACUCGGAUAAACCAGAUCCUGCUGGCUUCUUCCCCAGCACUACAAAGCGUGCUUCUGGCAUUCUUGCAAAUUCACCGGCUAGCGCCAAACUAGUGGUGAAUCCCCUCUUUCAGUCCGUCGCGGAGAGGAUGUUAACCAGUAGAUAUACCUACUGGGAGGGUCAAGAACAAAAGAGUGUGGCAGCAAAGCCACAAAUCGCAAGCAUAGUAGGUUUCCGUGUUGAGCCUGGCGGUAAGCAGCAGCCUCUCCAUAGAGAUGACGCGGAUUAUCACACUCGAAACUGCGACAUGCCGGUAAUGUUGGGCUGCGUCACGGCGCUAUCGAAGACGACAAAGGAGAAUGGUGCAACUGUCAUCAUUCCAAAGAGCCACUUAUGGGGGCCAGACAGAUGCCCCCUCGAUGAAGAAACAGUUUCAGCAGAACUGGAAGUCGGAGAUGCUGCCAUAUUCGUUGGCAACGUAUAUCACGCAGGAGGUGCAAACGUCACCAAAGAUGAUGCACGUGAAACAAUUGGCGUAUUUAUGUGCAAAGGUACCCUGAGGCAAGAAGAGAAUCAGUAUUUGGAAUUGCCACCAGAGGUAGCCAAAGCCCAAGGAUUCUCACCACAACUGUUGCGUCUCUUGGGAUAUGGGCUCUGCCCACCAGCUUUAGGCCUAUAUAAGUAUAAAGACCCAAUGGAGGAGAUAUUCAACGUCUUGGACGCAGAAACUAUCCGCAGAUAG